AUGGGCGGGUCCCGGCCAGCCGACCUCGGGGGCAACUGGCCCCUCGGACGAGUCUUUAUUGACCUGGAGUUGCAAGCACAUCUGCGCAUCUUGAUGGUUGGCAAUCGAGACGACGCCAUGGUAGACCAGCAGGACUCUUGGGACCUUCAUUCAUAUGAGCUGGACGCCACUGUGCAGACGUAUGGAGACCUUGAACAUGUAUCACCCCCAGUCGACAACACGUUGAAUGAUCUACUAUUUUACGAUCAUGAUCAAGAUCAAGCUCAAGGCCAAAGUUUCAUAGGCGGAGAAGGAGCAUACAUCCAUGAGCGCAGCCUUGGCUCGACGCAUGUCUCGCCCAUCAGCAAUGACGCUCCCCAGCUCUUACCUGUGUCAGCGUGGACGCAAAGUCCUUCUGUAUCGGAGAGCUGGGAUCCGGUGGACUUGGGUUUCUACGAUUCCAAUUUCAAUGUGUACAGAGGCCCUUCUUCAGAACCUUCAAAUGUCGCCUCUGGAGUUGCUGGAUUCUCCUGCCCAGCAACUCCACCUUUGCCUCCUCCUAACGGUGCUGAAGUCCAGACAACGGAACAGAGCAAAGUAUGGGGCUUGCCUUUUCUGAACAGUGGUACCACAUCCGGACUCACGGAUGUAGUGCAAAACGAUCAUCGUCCAGUACCAGCUCGAUCGACAAGUCGUCCCUUGGGUCUUCCCAGAAAGAGAAGUCGGUACUCACUCUCCAGGUGGCGGCCACGAAGUACCGGAUCAUGUACUCCUAUCAGCCCGAAUUCUCAAGAUCCAAUGCGGAGAUGGCAAGAAUCUCCCCCGGAAGACGAACCGGCAUCGUUGUCGGCGAUCAUGCGCGCCAUCGACGACUCCAGGGAUUUGUCGACCGAUUCAGUAGACCAGGGGUCUGCGCUAGAGUCCUUCCGCCAUCAUCGUCGACCAGCUUCGAUCGCCAGUUCACGAAGCGGCACCAGCGUGUCCUCAUGGCAGUCGUCGGUCUCGACACGGUCGGCAAUCUCCGCGUCGUGGAAUUCCCAAUCUCAUGCAGCGGGCCCCAAAGUUAACAAGGGGAGAGGGAAAGCUAGAAAACCGAGUGGUCUGGACACCGAGCGGAUUUUUUGCUGCACGUUCUGCUGCGACACCUUCAAGAACAAGUACGAUUGGUCUCGGCACGAAAAGUCUCUGCAUCUGAACUUGGGAGGCUGGGCGUGCACACCGCAUGGUGGUACUGUCUGGUCCGCCGUGACCGGGAGGCUACGAUGUGUCUACUGUGAAAUGGAGGAUCCUACGUUGGAGCACCUUGAUAGACACAACCACUUUCAAUGCUCGAAUUCGACCCACUUGUUCCGUCGCAAAGACCAUCUGGUUCAACACCUCCGGCUUGUGCAUGCCCUCGAUACCUUGCCUCCGCUUGAUGACUGGAAAAUCCCCGGUCCACCGAUUACCUCACGGUGUGGCUUCUGCGACCACAGAAUGGAAAGCUGGGAUGAAAGGACCGAUCAUCUGGCGGCUCAUUUCCGUCAGGGAAUGACCAUGAAGGACUGGCAUGGUGAACAUGACUUUGCCCCGGAAGUGGCUGCCAAAGUCAUCAACUCCCUCCCACCUUAUCUCUUGAGCUGGGAAUCAAACACGAUAGUGCCUUUCCGCGCCUCCAACAAGACGGCGCAGGAUCAUCUCGACCAAAUCUCCGCCCGGGUGAAUUCGAUAGCUGCUCAAAACACCUCUUCGCAGCCCGCCGCAUCAUCCGCGGCGCCGGCAGGUGAUUCCAAAUCACCUGUAGGGGAUGAAGCAAUGGUGCCCCUCGAGACUUUCACGGGCAUUUUGACUCAACAUCUCAGCCGCUAUGCUCGCCAGCAAAUGAGUAUGGGGAUCAUCCCCACGGAUGAGAUGUUUCAGCAAGAAUCCAGACGACUGCUCUAUGACUCGGAAGAUUCAUGGAAUCAAUCAAUCGCUGACAAUCCCGCCUGGAUCUCCUCUUUUCGGCGACAACUCCAGGUACAGUCGGGGCCCUUGUCAAGUGCUAAUCCUGAUCACUUGGACAUGUCAAUAGUCAAUUUGGGCACUACCACGGACACAGAGCAAGCUCAAAACUUACCUUGA